AUGAUGAAUGCAUUUCAAAGCCGCGGAUACACACUUAUCACUGGCGAAGAGUUUUACGGCGGAACGGCGAUUGUCCGGAAGUAUAAGAAAGGGCGCGACUACUUUGCAAUCAAAGAAAUACGGGACGACAGCGACUUUCCAAUGGAGAAAAUAGACAGUGAAAUUAACUUGAUGCUGAAGUUGAAACAUCCCAAUAUCGUCACAUUGAAUGAUUGGUUUAUAUCACAAACCGAGAUGCACGUCUACAAAUGUCUUGUGAUGGACUGGUGUGAGGACAAUAUGCAACACUACGUCGACGCGAAUCCAAAGGGUUUGUCGCACGACGAAAUCCACUUUUUUGCUGCAGACAUGUUCAAAGCGUUAGAGUACUUAAUUAUCGAGAAGAACAUUUUACACCGCGACUUAAAGCUCCAAAAUUUCCUUUUAAAGAACUCAAAAGAAUCGCCGUUUCCAAUAGUUAAAUUGUGCGACUUUGGAAGUGCCGUUGCGAUAACACCUGGUAUUCAAGGAACAUUUUCAUCACUUCUCUUCUCUGCACCGGAGGUCAGCGAGGACGAGUACACAAGUGAAGCUGAUGUUUGGUCAUUGGGAUGUUGUUUGUAUUGGAUGGCUACUGGGCACUCCAUCUAUCCCAAAGACGAUGUCGAAGAGUUUAACACACUCUUAAAAGAGCAACAAGCAAUUGAUUUUGCAGUCAUUCACUGUGACAAGUUAAAGAAUUUACUUGGGCGAAUGCUUCAAUUUUCAUCGAAAGAGCGGAUGAAAUGGGAAGACGUGUUUAAACACAAAUUCAUCGAAGAAUGUUACUCGGAGACCACCGAUGUUCCUGGGAAGAAAGACAACUACCAAAGUCUCGAUGAGCUUGGGAAAGGAUCUUUUGGAGCCGUGACUAAAGCGUGGGACAAACAGAAUCAGCGUUACGUUGCCGUGAAAAAGAUCUUUCGCAACGAUAUGAAUCCGAAUGUGUUACGGCAAAUGGCGAUGAAAGAGAUACGGAUAAUGAAGUUGUUUCAUCACCCAAAUAUCUGUUCCUUUUUUGAUUACUUUGUGGACGACUGCUGUUUCUUAGUGAUGGAAUUUUGUGAUGCGGGCGAUAUCCAACAACUGAUCGACGUCAGGAGAAGACAAGGGAUUAACCCACUGUUGUCCGAUGAUGAAGUCUUUUCGUUCACGAACGACAUCCUCUGUGGUAUCAAGUAUUUGCAUCUUGAAAAGCAUUUUGCACAUCGCGAUAUCAAACCGUCGAACAUGCUGUUAGCCCACAGCUUGAUUAGUCGAAACCCAGUUGUUAAAAUAUCGGAUUUGGGAUUGACUAAAAGAGAUAAUUAUAUUGACCCACUGAAGACUUCGGCGGGGACUCCAGCGUAUAUGGCGCCUGAGAUCCAAUUACACCACGGGAACUAUACAUUUGAAUCUGAUUUGUGGAGCAUUGGAUGCGUAGUGUAUUAUAUGGUCACCGGGUCGUUGAUAUUUCCAAAGAACAAUUUCAGACUCUUUUUCUCGGAGAAGAGACUCCCACAGUUUUCUAUGGUAAAGACUAAGAAGUGUGUAGUGGACUUAAUGAGACACUUGAUUGUGUAUCAAGUGGAAGAGAGGUGGGGGUGGAAAGAAAUCGAUGAGUCCCCAUUCAUGUGUGAGUUUCGUGGAGAGAAUGUGAAGUUGAUUCAACGGAUCGAAGAUGACACCAAAAUUCACGACGAUAUCACAAAAGAUGCUUUGAACACCAUUGAAAUUGUGAAGAAAAUGCGAGCGAAUGUGAAACAAGUGAGUGUAGAGGAGAUGAUGGGAGUGUUGUACUUAGUUGGGAAAAUCUGUAAAGUUGGAGUUGAAGAGACGGAGUGUGACUUCAGUCAAUUAGUGAACCCUACUUUAGUUCUCUUUGAGUGCACAAGAGACAUUACUUUUGAAGCUUUGAAUAUGAUGGAAACAAGAGGGAAUGACAAGGACUGGAAAGUUCUUCUCAAUUUCUCACGAAGUAUGUUCCGAGUCCUUUCAAAAGUGAUGCCACAAGACGAGCACAAAUUUGUUGAGAAGAGUUUGUUAUUCAUUUAUUAA